CACAAUCAUAGGCUGGCAGGAAAUCAGUGACUGUUUGUCACUGCUUCCAAAGAGGAGGAAAACAGUUGGUGGCAGAUAUUCAGUACCAUCAGGUAUUCAGCAGAUUAACUCUCCUUUUCUCCAUGCCAGGGUACUCAGAGUUUUACUUCAACGUGGACCAUGGCUACUUGGAGGGUCUGGUCCGAGGGUUCAAAGCCGGGAUCUUGACAAGUGCAGACUACGUCAAUUUAGCACAGUGCGAGACACUAGAAGAUCUGAAGUUACAUCUACAGACUACAGACUAUGGCAACUUCUUGGCUAACGAAACCGGCCCUCUCACUAUUUCUACUAUCGAUGAUAAACUGAAAGCAAAGCUACUCACGGAAUUUCAUUACUUCAGAAACCAUGCUUUUGAACCACUUGCCACUUUUCUGAAUUUUAUUACAUACAGCUACAUGAUUGACAACGUAAUUCUUUUAAUAACUGGUACAUUACAUCAGCGGCCCAUUGCUGAACUUGUUCCCAAGUGCCAUCCACUGGGGAGUUUUGAGCAAAUGGAAGCAGUCAGCAUUGCCUCAAACCCCACUGAGCUGUUCAAUGCAAUUUUGGUUGACACACCAUUAGCUGCUUUCUUUCAAGACUGCUUGUCUGAAAAUGACCUGGAUGAAAUGAACAUUGAAAUAAUGCGCAACAAACUGUACAAGUCUUAUCUUGAGGCAUUUUAUAAGUUUUGCGAAAAACAAGGUGGUACAACAGCAGAAAUCAUGAGACCUAUUCUUGAGUUUGAGGCAGACAGACGUGCCUUUAUCAUCACCAUUAAUUCAUUUGGCACUGAGCUGAGUAAAGAUGAUCGAGAGAAGCUGUAUCCAACUUGUGGAAAACUGUAUCCAGAAGGCUUACACCUGCUGGCCAAUGCAGAUGACUACGAGCAAGUGAAGUGUGUUGCAGAUUACUAUGCAGAAUACAAGGCUGUGUUUGAAGGUGUAGGGAGUGGCACUGGAGAAAAGACACUGGAAGAUGCAUUUUUUGAACAUGAGGUAAAGCUGAAUGUGCUUGCAUUCAACAACCAGUUUCAUUUUGGAGUAUUUUAUGCCUAUGUAAAGUUAAAGGAACAAGAAUGCAGGAAUAUUGUGUGGAUUGCUGAAUGCAUUUCUCAGAGACACAGAACCAAAAUUAACAACUACAUUCCAAUUUUCUAAAUCCGAGAAUUUAUAAUCCUUCAAUGUCUGAAAAGAUACAUUAUUUCAUAGGAAAGAAGAAAAAUCUUAUUUCAAAAGUUAACUCUUAUCAGAUGUUUUAAAUGAUAUUAAUGAUCCUACUUACAUAGACCAGUGCAAGAAAAAGUAAUGUAAUUAGAGAUAUGACUACUUUACCAGGAAAUAUUAAUGAGAUUAUUCAUAGUUUUUGUUGGUAGUUUUGUUCUUCACUGUGUCCAUUUUAAUUUAAUUGAUCAAUAAAAGCUCCCUGCAAGGUCUUAUAUCCAUAUUCUUUCUCUUCUGUGGAAGAAAGCUUUAUAUCAAUGAUGUUCAAAAAGCUCUUUAAUGGCUUAAUUUUGAAUUAACUAUUUUCUCAAAAAUAAAGUAAACCACUAAUUCUGUCUUACACUUAUGGUCGUCUUCAUAGCACACAAGAUUGUAUGAAGGACUCAAUACACAAAUAAGAGAAAAACUUUAGGGUUACUCUGAGAUUGCCCUUAAGGAAUCUCAAGAGAGAGCUUCCUGCACCUUUUUAACUGUGACACCUCUCUCCCGUUAAUAGUAAAUAA